UGAAGAUGAAAAAAACCCUUCUUUUUUCUAGGUGCUAAGUGAGGAAAGUGUGGAUCCGGUGAGGACAACAUCAAACGAUAUUUGUGAAAUAUUCGAAGUACUGGGAAUUGAAGCUGUCCGUAAGGCUAUUGAACGUGAAAUGAAUCACGUGAUUUCCUUCGACGGCUCAUACGUGAACUACAGGCAUCUGGCAUUGCUGUGUGAUGUGAUGACAGCCAAAGGACAUUUAAUGGCAAUCACACGACACGGUAUCAACAGGCAGGAAGUUGGUGCUCUGAUGCGCUGCUCGUUUGAGGAAACCGUCGAUAUACUGAUGGAAGCAGCUGUGCACGCUGAGCAAGAUCCCGUAAAAGGUACUAAGAUUACGGCACAUGCAUGA